UCUUGGCUCGAGAACGCGUGCCCCAUGUCUGCGCGCUGGGCGAAGCUCGGCAGCUUGCUCUUACUUGCUCGCCUGGCACCCACGGUGCUGUUCUCAAGAUUUCGAUUCUCGGCGGGUCCUUCGAUAGUCAGUUCACGUUUUCGACGUGUCUCUGCAGUCGCCAGGCCAUAUUGCACGACAGUCUCAAUGGAUCGGCUCGUCGUGGACCGGUCCAAAUGGGCGCACCGAUGCUCGCCAGAGACUACUCUCGUGGGGGGCAUCCUUCAACGGGAGCAUGUCUUCCGCGUACCAUUGGACUGGUCGGAUGACACUCCUCUUAACAUCACGGAUUCGACCGACGGCGACGAGGUCUGGGAUCCCUUGCUCUUCCCUAGCUCCCCUUACAUCGACGUGUUCGUUCGCGAGGUGGUGAAGGGCAAGGCUGGCCAGGCGAACGAGGAAAAGGGGAGAGGGAGAAGCAGAACCAGAAGGAGGUGCUGCUCUUUCUGCAGGGCGGGCCAGGGUUUCCCAGCCCGCGGCCGAGCGCGCCACCGUCGGGAUGGCUGA